AUGGAGCGCCUUCCCCCCCUCACGGCGCUGUGCCGGCGAGUGGUCCUACGGCACCUGAGUGCCGUGCACGACUUGGGGGAUAUGCCCUACCGCCUCGCCAAGCCGCUGCUGCAGCAGUGCAGGCCCGAGCAGCUGCGCGAGCUCGAGGCGGCGUCGCCGCACCUCGCGGAAGAUACACAGGAAAUAUGGAAGCACGCGUGCUUGCGCGACUUUUCUGACCUGCGAAAACUCGACGAAGAGCACAAGCUCGGGGACGUGGCGAGCUGGCGCGCCUUGUACGAUGAAAAGCAGGAACAUAUCGAGGCCGCCAAGGCCGCGGCGACCGCACGCAUCAAGGGGCGGUACGCAGAGCACAGCGCGCAAAAGGACGCCAAGAAGCUCGUUGUGAGCGACGUCGCGCUGCGGCCGACACGCGGCCGCCACCGCGCUGGGCCGCGCGUGCCGGCCACGCCAGGGCAGGCAAUGAUGGCGCGCGCACGCAACGGCACGGCGAUGCAGACGCGGCGCAUGAUGCUGAUUCCCCCACGCGCCCCGUCGCGUGGCUUUGUCCGCGCCGCUCCGUCCGUGCGUGCGCCGCGCACGGAUGCGCCGCCGGACGCGCCGCAGGCUGCGCCCAGCGCGCCGCGGCCCGCGGCACUCCCUCCGUCGCCGGUGCGCGCGAAACGGCCGCCGCCAGAAGGCCAGAGCAUCUUUAUGCCCAAGCGCCGCAUCCCCUCCCAGCCCCACCAUAGGGAGUUUUACGAGAACGCGAUCCAGACGCUGAAUACCGCGCUGAACCGCGGCCCCAAGCCCAAGGUCAUUGCCGGGGACAUCCAGGUGAAGGAGCUGCAUAUGGGCACGGUCCCUCCGGAGCUCGAGAUCCUUGAGAUUGGCGACCUGAGCCGCGAGCGCUUCCGUGGCAUCUUUCGGCUGAUGUAUGCAGGUGACGCGCACCUCGAGCUGUCGACGAGCGUGCAGGCGAACCCCCUGGCGAAGCCCGCGUCGGCGGGCGCGGGCCUGUUUGCGACCCCCGCCGCGGAGCGCGGCAUGCUCUUUGCCGCGAGCCCCCUCACGGUGCCGAUGCGCGUGCGCCUCAGCGAAGUGCAUCUUCGCGCGAUCGUCGUGCUGGUCGUCUCGCGCACAAAGGGCAUUACGCUCGUCUUUAAGAACGACCCGCUGGAGAGCGUCAAGGUUUCGUCGACGUUUGACAGUGUCGGUGUCAUCCAAAAGUACCUACAAGAAGAGAUUGAGGCGCAGCUGCGCGAAAUGUUCCGCGAGGACCUACCUACGAUCAUCCACCGCCUCAGCCAAGAGUGGCUGCGCACGGAUCCCGCGCCCCGCCAGGCGCCGUCCACGCCGGCGGCCAAGCCGCGGCCGGAGCCCGAGUGGCCCGUGCCGCCGCCCGAGGAGCCGCUGGCGUUCCUCUCGCUGGACGAUGCGCCGCCCCGCGCGUCACCCGCGGCGGUGCGCCUCGCGCACCUCGCGUCGGAAAACAGUCCCCACGGCCUCGCGGACCUCUUUGCGCCGCCCGAGUCGCCCGCGGCGCGCGCGCGCACCUUUCACGCGACGAGCCGCGUGCGUGCGCCGCAGACGCCGGUUGGCACGCCCCCCCGCCUGCGCGCCGAGCCGGCGUUUGGGGGCCUCGAAAUGUCGGGCCACCUCGCCGAGCUGCUCAAGGCGAACCACACGCUCUCGCCCUAUACGCGGCAGGCGCGGCAUGUCGCGAUACGCAGUGCGCCUGGGCACAAGCAAGGGCGUGUAGGCCGUGUCCAUGCACGCCAGCGGCGGCGAUUUCAGCUCGGCGGCCAGGCCGAAUAG